AUGUCACACCCACUCUUCACGUUGCCUGCCAAUGCCUAUGGCUGGGCACCAGCACCGCAAACUAUCGACACCAAGUCCGGACUCCCACCCCUGCCCGUGCCUACUACGCCUCUCUCCCCUGCUCCAACCUAUGAACAAACUGUCAAUCCGAUCGGCUCCUCGCAGCAGCAAACUGUCCUGGCACAGCUCACGCCAGCUCAGCAGACGGCUGUCGCAGCGCUGCUCCUACAGCAGCAGCACCUGUCAGCCUCAGCUGCAGGCGCUGAGCAGCAGCGGGCGUCCCUAAAUCAUCAUCAUCAUCAGCAGCAGCAGCAGAUCAUCCAACAGCAGCAGGCUCUUCAGCAACAGGCCCUUCAACAGCAAGCUCUGCAGCAGCAAGCCGCUGCCGCCACCGCGACUAGAUGUGCUCAACCUCUUCCAGCCCUUGAUGAUGGUUUAUAUACCGUAGAGGCGAUCGUAGCGUCCUAUUCUCGGUGCAUGACGUGCGACAUCUCCUCGGACAUGCCUUCUCCGUGCCCUAAAGCCCUGUCCGAUGCCGGCCUGCAUCCCGCCACCUGGGCCCGAGUCAUCACACAGACGAGACAGAUGAAGAGUAAGAGCGACACCAACAAAGUCCUCUUGCACGUCUUCGGUGGAUUGGCAUUUGGUCUCCUUUUCAACGUCAUGGUUGCAAAGCACUGGGUCGGCAACAAGCCAUUGAGGCGUCAGCUUGCCACCUUCCAUGAGCGGGAGAAUGCUACGUUGGGCGCUGCGGGAACACCUGUGCGAUUCGUGUGGUCAGGUGGCACAUUGAAGGCCUACUUCAACCCGCAGCCGCUGUUUGUGCAGGCGCUGCUGCUCGCGGCGGCGCGCAAGCUUGUUCGAUGUGGCGGUACCAGAAAGGCCGUGAUCCUGGCGGAAAGCCAGGACAGAGUUGCUCUCAGCGCGUCGCAGAGGCCGCAGCCCCUCGCCUUCGCCCGAGACAGUGGCUUGCACUGCUUCGUGAAGAGCGCUUGUGGACACGGCAGCUAUCGGAAAGGCUUCGAAAACUCUUUCGAGAAGCUUGCGCACGACAGAACGCUGCUCGCGUACGCGGUCCUGAUAGAGCCGAACCUUGGGCGGCGUAGAGCCCACAACCCUCGCUGCAUCCCCCGAGAUAUUUGUCUCUGUCUCCCCGUUAACAUGAGGCUGAGCGACUGGGCUCCCGUCAGAAGCCAACGUGCCGAGUAG